GAACCAGAGACACGCCCACAAUCUACCGACAUUGAGAGAGUAGCGAGCAACGUCCUCAACCGCAUCGCAUCACGAGUAACGACACAUUCUUUGGCCGAACCUGGCCCACCACCGGAUGGCGGCUUCAAAGCAUGGUUGCAAUGCGCCAUGGCAUGGCUUGUCGUCUUUUGCACUUGGGGAUAUGUCAAUUCAUUUGGAACCUUCCAAGCAUACUACUCGACCAACCUUGGAGAGACCGCCUCAACGAUUUCCUGGAUUGGAUCGAUCCAAGUCUGGGUGCUCUUCUUCCUCGGAACCUUUGCUGGUCGUGCAAUGGACGCUGGAUACUUCGUACCUACCUUCGCCGUGGGUACCGUUUUCCAGCUUAUCGGCAUUUUCAUGACCUCUCUCUCCACCAAAUACUGGCAAUUGUUCCUUGCGCAAGGUGUAUGCACUGGUAUUGGCUCCGGCAUUCUCUUCACUCCUGCUAUGGCACUUCUCAGCACCUACUUCUCCAGCCACAAGGGUAUCGCAGUCGCAUUGGCAACCACCGGUAAUUCUGCUGGUGGUGCUAUCUUCCCAUUGAUUGCACGUCAACUCCUUCCUCAGAUCGGAUUCGGCUGGACAAUUCGUGUCCUCGGUCUGCUCAACUUGGUUUGUCUAUGCACCGCUGGCAUUGCCAUGAAGCCUAGAUUGCCACCUCGCAAGUCUGGUCCUCUGGUCGACACUUCGGCAUUCAAGGAGAUCGAAUACAUGCUGUUCAGUAUUGGCAUGUGCUUUCACAUGGCAAGCUUGUAUUUCGUCAAUUAUUACAUCUCUUCUUACGGACGCGAUAUCCUAGGGUUCUCUUACUCGAACUCGGUCACCCUGCUCAUCAUCCUCAACGUCGUCGGUAUACCAGCUCGCGUUUUGGUUGGUCAUCUCGCAGACCGCUACCUUGGCGCUUUGAACACUUUGAUUCCAGUUCUGUUCUAUGUGAACGUACUCGCGUUCUGCUGGAUGGGCGUCAACUCGCAAACCUCUCUUUACGUCUUUGUCUCCUUCUACGGCCUGGGACUGGCAUCUUUCCAGUCUCUUAUCCCUACCACAGUCGCACGCAUGACUAAGGAUAUCAGCAAAGUUGGCACACGCAUGGGCAUGGUUUUCACCUUCCUGUCGUUCGCCUCUCUGGUCGGACCUCCCAUUGGCGGUGCUCUCGUAUCAGCAGGCGGACACACUUAUAUCUAUGCACAAGCUUGGGCUGGUGCUUCAGCCGCUGUCGGAACAGCUCUUGUGGUAGCUUCGAGAGUCUAUGCGUUUGGAUGGAAGCUGAAGGUCAAGUGCUAG